AAAGAAAUCUUAAUUUAUGACAUACAAACAGCAAACAAUCAUAAAAUUGAUUUUUAGUAUGAGUGAGACUCAUUUUUGGAAAACAGCCUAGUUUUAUACACUUACUAGUUUAAAAAUAAUGCAAUCCUAAAAGUAUACUAUAUAUAAAAUCAAUUGCAAAAGAAACAAACAAGCAAACAAACUAAACAACAACAACAUUGCUGUCGUCCAUACCUGCAUACAAUUGCAAUAUAAAUUCUAAAAAAUCUAUUCAAAAACUUCUAAAACCCCAAAGAAAACGCUCUAACAAAAAAAAAAACAUGUUUAAAAAGUGGGUUAAACGUGUAAGCAUAAGUGCAACUCGUGGAUUUUCCGUUGAAACGUCUCCAACAAAUGAAAAACCACCUGAACAACAAAAUAAUAAAACGGAACCCACACCGCCACCCUCUGUGCCUGAAAUUGACGAAUAUCAAACAGCCUCCAGUACGGUUAGUGACAUUGCCGGUGCUGAUGUUGUUGGCACAAGUUCACAACAGGGUGUGGGUGGUGGUGGUGGCGUUGGUGUUGUUGCUAACAGAAAUUCACUUUCAAAUCAAGAAUCCAUCGAUUAUGAUGCCUUAUACGAAGAGGAAGAAGAUACAAGUAUUAGCAUGGAAGCCCAUGGAUCAAUGAUAUCACAUUUAUUGUCACAAGUUAAAAUUGGUAUGGACUUGACAAAAGUUGUACUGCCAACAUUUAUAUUAGAAAGACGUUCCCUAUUGGAAAUGUAUGCUGACUAUUUUGCCCAUCCAGAUUUAUUUUUAAAGAUUGCCGAUUUAGAUAGUCCACGUGAACGUAUUGUACAGGUUUGUCGUUGGUAUUUAAGUGCUUAUCAUGCUGGACGUAAAAGUGCUGUUGCCAAAAAACCCUACAAUCCUAUAUUAGGUGAAGUUUUUCAAUGUCAUUGGGAUAUUCCUGGUGAAAAUCCCGAUGAAAAUAAUGUUCAAGAUGGUCCUAUACCCUGGUGCCGAAGAGAUCAGUUAACAUUUUUAGCCGAACAAGUUUCACAUCAUCCACCCAUUUCUGCGUUUUAUGCCGAACAUUUUAAUAAGAAAAUCACUUUCUCUGCUCAUGUCUGGACUAAAUCAAAAUUUUUGGGUUUAUCAGUGGGUGUACAUAAUAUUGGCGAAGGUGUUGUUACCCUAGUAGAUCGUGGUGAAGAAUAUAUUGUUACCUUUCCCAAUGGUUAUGGGCGUUCUAUUUUAACUAUACCCUGGAUUGAAUUGGGUGGUUCGGUGGAAAUCAAAUGUCCUCAAACUGGCUAUUAUGCUCAAGUGGAAUUUUUGACUAAACCAUUUUAUGGCGGUAAACGUAAUAAAGUUACUUGUGAGAUUUAUUCUCCCAAUGAAAAGAAACCAUUUGUUUCAAUUGCUGGCGAAUGGAGUGGUUUGAUGGAAGCUAAAUGGCAUGAUACACAUAAAACUGAAGUAUUUGUCGAUGUAAAUCGUAUACCAAUAUUUAAGAAACAAGUUCGACCAAUCGUUGAACAGGAAGAAUACGAAUCAAGACGUGUUUGGAAGGAAGUAACCGCUGGACUCAAAUUCAAUGACAUUGAAAAGGCAACAAAUGCUAAAUGCAAAGUCGAACAAAUACAGAGAGAAGAAGCCAAGGCUAGAAAAGAAACUGAAAUGUCCUGGGAACAUAAGUAUUUCAAACCAGUGGGUGAAAAUUGGAUCUAUACCAAACCCUUAAGCCAGCGUGUUUAUUUACAAGAAAAAGAAAGUAAAAGAUAAUAAAGCUAAAUGCUAAAAAUGUGCAAAGUAUAAUAAAUAAUAUGAAAAAGAAAACAUCUGUCUCAUAUCACUAAAUAAAAAGUAAAAAAAUAAACGAAUGCCGCCAAAUGAAAAAACAAACUAGUAAAGGAAAUAUUGAGUAAUAAAUGUUUAUAA